AUGACUUCUAGUUUUCACCCAUGGUCUCUCGUCCUUGUCCUCCUCCUCUCCAUCGUACUUAGCCUGGGAGCACCAGCAACGGUGUUCGAUGAGAACUUCGUGCCGGUAUGGGGUGCCGAUGGUUAUCACCUAGCCAAUCAGGGCACACAAGUUUCCCUCAUCAUGGAUAGAAACUCUGGAGCUGGAUUUAGAUCCAAGAUGAUGUAUGGUUCAGGGUUAUUCCACAUGAGGAUCAAGUUACCCGCCGGGUAUACUGCCGGAGUUGUAACGGCCUUCUAUCUCACGACAGAACCCGAGUACGGCGACCAUGACGAGGUGGAUUUCGAGUUCUUGGGCAACGUCGAUGGCAAGCCAGUGGCUCUCCAGACCAACAUCUUCCUCAAUGGCCAGGGAUACAGAGAGCAGAAGUUCUACCUCUGGUUCGACCCAGCAGCAGCUGUCCAUGACUACAAGAUACUCUGGAACCAGCACCAGUUAGUGAUGCUUGUCGACGAAACACCCAUCCGGGUGCUCAAGAACCUAGCUGGACGCGCGCCGGGCUACCAGUUCCCGACGAGGCCGAUGAGAAUCCGGGCGAGCAUCUGGGACGGCUCUUCUUGGGCGACCGACAACGGCAAAAUCAAAGUCGACUGGAACCGUGCGCCAUUUACCUCCGCGUUCCAGAGGUUCAAUGUCGAUGCCUGCCCCGCCACCGGAAGUGCGCCGUGUGGCUCACCCAACCUAUGGUGGAACAAGUUUCAGGACCUAACGCCCGCACAGAAGGCAGCGUACAAAAACGUCAAGAGCAAGUACAUGACCUACAACUACUGUGAUGAUAAGGCAAGGUUCAACUACCAUCUGCCGCUAGAGUGCAGUUACAACUAA